ACGUGAUAUCAAUGUUACGAAAAAUGUCUGACACUGAAGGAGGUACUGUAAGUAAAAAAAGAACUAUGCAUCACUUUUUAAAAUUGAAAUUUAUUUAUUUCUAAAUCUUUUGGGUCAUAGAUGGCAAAUUUAAUUUGCUUUAUUGCCGAAGUGAAACAACGAUUACGACAAGAAAUUGAGUAAAGACUUAACAAGGCCCAUAACAUUCAGUAUAAGGAUCUUGAUGAAUUAAAAUAUUGUGAAGCAGUUAUCAAAGAAGUACAUCGUCAUCAUCCUCUAUCUUUUGCAAUUCUUUCAAAUGCUUUAUGGUGCAAUGAUGAAAGAGAAUGAUAAAUAUUUACUUGAAAAACAACAUGUGAAAGAUUCUUUUACUAUAUGGGGAAGUGGAAUUAGAAUCUGUCCAGGAAGAAAAUUAGCAACAUUAGAAUCAAAGUGUUUAAUUUCUUUGAUUUUUAGAAAAUAUGAUAUAGAAAUAGCAGACCAUUCAAAUGUAGAUCAGAGUUUGCAAAGAAUUGUUAAAAUUAAACCAAGAAAAUAAGAGAUAAUUACACUUUCUUUUCUUAAAAUGGUAGUUAAAUUUGACUAAAAAAAAUGUUUUUAACCUGAUAAAAUGUUAUUGGAAAGGAUAAU